AUGUCUGCUAUUGGAUUGGUGAAGAACAAGUAUCUUACUAUAGCGGCCAAAGGGUUGUUCAGCACUUAUACACCCGAGCAAUUAAGCAAAACGCAUCAAGAAUUGGAGCAAUUCUUAGUGAUAAAUUCCGAAACCCUUAAUAUUAACGAACUAUUUAGUUUAUACGAACUACAAUUCUAUUUGAGUAUAUUAACCAAUCAUGAUAUUGAAGCCAAGGCGUACUUGGAUCGAAUCUUGGACCAGUUCAACUCCUCCAAAUCAGAAAGGAUCAAGUUAUUGAAGUCAAUAUAUCUCGAAGCCAUUGGGGAUAUAGACGCACUGGUGAAAUUAUUAGGACAACAACAAGAUGAGUUAAGAUUAUCUAGAAGAUUGACUACCUUCAGCAGGCAUGAAGAUAAAAGUAACGGCGAGUAUAUCGAGAGCUUGAACUACUAUUUAAAUUUACAACCUUCAGAUUUAGUUACCUGGUGUGAAUUAGCAGAAGAGUACGCAAAGAUUGGACAUUACGAUAAAGCCAUAUUUGCAUAUAAGGAAGUCUUGCUACAAGAGCAAUAUGCUUAUAACAUCUUCUAUAAAGUCGGAUUGUACUAUUACUAUAGUUUCUUACAAGUUUACAACGAUAAAAUCGAUAAAAAGGAUAAAUUGUUAGAAUGGUUAGAGCUAUUAACCAAUUCCCGGAAUCUGUUUUUAAGAUCGGUAGAAAUCGGAGGUAACUAUACCAAGAGCUGGGUAGGUAUAUAUACUGUGUCCACCCUAGACUUCAUUGGCAAGCUUUCAUCCAACAAAAACGUCAAUGGCUUGAAACAAGUGAAAACUUUCAUACAAGAUUCCCCCAAAUUGUCCAAGUUGAGCCAGGCAAGGAUAACUCAAAUCGAACAAAUCAAAGAGUCUGACUUCCGUCACUACAUGGAAAAGCUAAUUUAA